GUGAGGUGAGUCGAAAUCAAGGUGUGCUCUCUGGUGGAUAACCAUGAAGUUUGCGGCUGUAAUCCUCGCGCUGUCAGUCAUCUCAGGCUGCCAAGGGCGCUUCCUAUUUCAGGAUGAGCCCAAAGAGCGCUGGGAGGUGAUGGUGGAUACAUUUUGGCAGUAUGUGGCUGACCUGAGCUCCAAGGUCGAGGAGAUGAGGGAGAACAUUAAGAGCAUUCAGCUGGUCAGAGAGCUAGACACGCUGAUCACUGACAGCAUGGCAGAGCUGCAGAUGUACAGUGAUGACAUGCAGUCCAAGCUGGUCCCUUACGCUCAGGAGACCGCUAAGAAAUUCCAAGAAGACCUGCAGCUGCUCACCAGUAAACUCCAGACACAUAUGGUAGAGGCCAAAGAACGCAUGACUGAAUACAGCCAGGAGCUCCAGACCAUGGUGGAGCAGAACACAGAGGAUGUCAAAAACAGAGUCAGUGCUUACGUCCGCAAGCUGAAGAAACGCCUGAACAGGGACACCCAGGAGAUCAACAAGAAAAUGGCAACAUACUUCGAGGAGGUCCAGGCUCGUACUGCUCAGGGCAUGGAGGACGUGAAAGAUCGCGUGGCACCUUACUUUGAUGCAGUUCGCCAAAAUGCUGAAGAUAAGGCCACCAGCAUCUCAGAGCUGCUGAAGACCCAGGCUGGAGAACUAAAGGAGAAACUGCAAUCUGGUCUUGAGAAUCUACGAGAACACAUUGAGAAGACCAAAGAGAGUCUGCGUGCCAACUUCCAGGAUAGAACUGAGGAGGUGCAAAACUGGUAUCAGCAAAUCAUCACCCAAGUUGAGGAGAAGAUCUAGACCAUUGUUGAAAUCUUUAAACCCUAAGAACCAAGCUGGAAAAAGGUGGAUAGAAAAUGGACAGAAUGUAAAAACUAUAGCAGCUUCAACAGCUUCAAAUUAGGCCUACUAAUGCAAUGGAUCACAACAUCUACUUUUUUUUUUUACAUAAUUGAAGCUCAUUCAGUGAAAUAAGCUAGUAGCAGUUGACCUGUGUGUGUAUUAGUUAUGCCUUUAGCACAUAAGUCACUAGCCACACAGAAACAAAGUAAAUCUCAGAGGUUUCCAUGAAAAAUGAAUUAUAGUAUCAGGAUGACUGUAUGUUCAGUGCUUCACAGUGAAUACUGGUGGUUUAGUCCAGUUGAUCUUGUCGACUUAACAUCUGUCGCCUUAAAUUCUAUAGUGAUCCAAUGAGACAUGAAAAGUUUUAAUGAGUUACAGCAAGACUGUGAUCUUUUGUAAAAAAGGCCAAUAAAGUAAACAGAAACAA